AUGCUGUCCACGCUGAACGCCAGCUGGAACCCUGAAGAUAAACAGCAACCAGACACACAGACUGAAUUCAAAGCUGCCACACGUACCAUCCGUGCCGCCGUGGUGCCCAUCCUGCACCGCGACCUUAAGUCCAGCAACAUUCUGCUCCUGGAGAAGAUCGAGCAUGAUGACGUGUGCAAUAAGACGCUGAAGAUCACGGACUUCGGGCUGGCGCGGGAAUGGCACCGCACCACGAAGAUGAGCGCGGCGGGCACCUACGCCUGGAUGGCCCCGGAAGUCAUCAAGUCGUCCCUGUUCUCCAAGGGAAGUGACAUCUGGAGCUAUGGGGUGCUGCUGUGGGAGCUGCUCACGGGGGAGGUCCCCUAUCGCGGCAUCGACGGUCUCGCCGUGGCCUACGGGGUGGCGGUGAACAAGCUCACCCUGCCCAUUCCGUCCACCUGCCCCGAACCCUUCGCCAAGCUCAUGAAAGAAUGCUGGCAACAAGACCCUCACAUCCGCCCGUCCUUCGCCUUAAUUCUCGAGCAGCUGACCGCCAUCGAAGGGGCGGUCAUGACGGAGAUGCCCCAGGAGUCCUUUCAUUCCAUGCAGGACGACUGGAAGCUGGAGAUACAGCAGAUGUUCGAUGAGCUGAGAACAAAGGAAAAGGUGAGAACAUGCAUCGAGCUGCCAGAUACACGCACACACACGUAUGAAGCUGAUGGAGGACAGGAGUCACGAGCCAUCGCGGGCACUCUAAAAUGUUUCCAGACAUCAAUAUUUAUUGAUUCUUGCUUUCUAGUUCAAACAAAACAGAGCUGUAUUAGAAAUCAAACCAGGAAAUCUCAGUCCUUUCUCUCCCUUCUGACAGAUUUCCAGCACAAGAUCACCGUGCAGGCCUCUCCCAACCUGGACAAACGGAGGAGUCUGAACAGCAGCGGGUCCAGUCCGCCCAGCAGCCCCACUGUGAUCCCGCGGCUCCGGGCCAUACAGCUGACUUCGGAUGACAGCAACAGAACGUGGGGAAGGAGCACGGUCUGCCGACAGGAAGAGUUUGAGGAUGUAAGAAGGAAUUUCAAGAGGAGAGGUUGUACCUGGGGACCCAGUUCGAUCCAAAUGAAAGAACGAACUGAUUGCAAAGAACGGAUAAGACCUCUCUCGGAUGGCAACAGUCCUUGGUCAACCCUCUUCAUAAAACAUCACAAAACCAUGCCUUUGGCAUCAUUGUUUGUGGACCAACCAGGUGCUUGCGAAGACCCGAGACCCUCUGCGGACGGAUCAGAGCCCAGAAAACCACAGCAGAUCAAACCCUCAGCGCCAGCCCCGGCGGACCCGCCUCUGGGGAAAGACGGGCAGCGAGAGAGCCCGCUGGAGACUGAGAACUGGGAGGAGGCUGCCUCAGCCGCGGGCACCCCUCAGGGGACCCCGACCCACACUCUGAGCAGGCCGCCCCCCAGGAGAAGGACGGAGGGCGCCCUGUACAGCUGCACCGCGCUGUUGGCGGCCGUGGCCCUGGGCCUGGACAUCCGAGAGCUGCCCCGGGUGCCGGCCGCGGAGGAGCCGGGGCCCAGGGAAGAAAGGAAGAAACGCGAGGGCAUCCUGCAGCGGGCACCCUGGCCCCGGGGGGCCGCCGAUCGCCCCCGGGCAUCGGCCACGCUGCCCCCGCCCAGCGCCCUGGGUCUUCUCUCCAGGCCUUCCCUCUCCACCAAGUGCCUGCUGCAGGAGGAGGGCGGGGAUUCCCUUGAGGGCGGUGCGCACAGCAUGCGUGCCCCCGACGACGUGCCCACUCCGGGUGUCUGUCCGGCCGCAGGAGGAUGCCAGCCCGCCUCCCCACCCAGACGCGAGGCUGAGAGCGGGGUGUGGAGGCACCUGGGUCUCCCCUCCUCGGAGCUGACCCGUGGGAACGCGCCUCCCUGCGCUUCUUCGAAGAAAAGGGCAGCGAGUCACAGGCGGACGGUGUCCGAUGGCAACGCCUCUCUGGCCCCAGGCACACAGGCCUUCGAAUUCUACCCUACGCCUUCCUUUCACAUAUCUGGGUUCUGGGAAAAGGAUAAUAGAGCCUUCACCCCUGUGCCUCCCGCCUCCGCCCUCCCAGCCCCCGUGGACGCCCCCCAGGCCUUCCCGGGGAGGACAGAGCCCGCGCAGACCGACCCUGGCCUGGGCGGCGGGGCACCGACCCCUGGCUAUCCCCUCGGAGCCCGGGACAGAACUAGGUCGCUCGGGCCCUCCUUGCUGGACGCCGACGUGCAGGGCCAGAGCCAGGACUGCACGCCGCCCCUGUGCCGGGUGAAGAGUGGGAGCGGCCGUCCGUCCGUCCACCAGCUGGAGAAGGAGUUCCUGUCUUAGUGCCUUAUGUGAUGCAAGCAUUCCUCUCUCUUGUGAGGUGAACAAUUAAAACACUGCGUCUGUCUUUGAGUUGUUCCAUGCUACUGGGUCUCGCAGAGCGGCGGCCCCGUGCCUGCAGCGGUCAUGGGUCCGAGAGGGACAUGGACGUGAGCGCUGCAGGCCGGCCGUCUAAGGAGACGGUGUUGCCGCUGGAUUCCUGCCUAGGGACGUGAAACACGCUCCAAUGUGAGAGUGUGUGGCCACGCAGAACGCACAGCUCUGCUAGGGAGAGUUAGGGAAGCACAACGUUUAAUUCCGCUGCUCUCAUGUCUGCUGUCUGUGAGCUGACAGCACAGGAAGUGGUGGGUCACCCUGUCCCCUCCUUCCCUUUCUCCCUCUCCUUUCCUUUCUUCUCACCUUUCUUUCUCUCUCUAACUCUCUUUUGUGCAACAAAAAGCCAAGAAGAGGAAUGUGCUAUUAGUAAGUAAAGGUGCCUAUCUUUU